CGCUGUUUAAAUUAUCUCCAUACACCUUGGAUUUGUUUUUUUUUAUUUUUUUUUAUUUUAAUACAGUUAUAUUACAUUAUGUCGAUACCAGGUUCAACAGCUCAUCGCUUACAUGUUCAAUCACUUUAUAAACGUUCAUUAAAGCUUUCACUUGAUUGGUACAUUCAACGAGAUUUAUGGCGUCAAAAGGCUUUGCAAAUUAGAGCACGAUUUGAUCAAAAUAAAAACAUCACCAAUCCCAAACAAAUUCAAGCUCUUGUUCAAAACACAGAAAAGGAACUUCAAGAAUGGGCUCAUCCUGAUCCUUAUAAAUUGCCUAUGGGUCCUGACGGUACUAAAUGGGAACGUAACCUUCCUCCUAUUGUUCAUGGUGAAACUGUCCAUCAUCACUAAAUCUAUUUACUGAAUAUGUGUGAGCAUUUUUUUUUUAUUAGCAAUAAAAUGACAAUAAUACAUGUAGAUGGAUGAAACUGAAAACUUUACAGCAGUUUAUAGAUUAAAAAAAAAAGAAAAGAAAAAAAGCACGCAUAUAUACAAUAAAAAAAUCAAUAUAAUAGAUGCAAAUAAGGG